GUCACAUUAAUCAUGCAUUUGACAAUGUCAAAUCUAAUGCCAAAAGAGCGGAAAAAUAUCAAUUUGAUUAACUUUAAUUUAUGAUAAGUGUGAUAAGAUACUGGAUCAUUUAUUUUGUCGCGAGUUCGCCUGAUAAGCUAGAACAUAUAGAAACUCUCGGAACAAUGAUUUGAUUAUUUUCCUCACAUAAUUUUAUCGUUAGAGGUUAUCCAUUUGAAUUUGAAUAUUUACCUUGAACAGCUAAAGAACAAAUUUUUGGCAAUCAUGGGAGAUGUUAAAAAAGCAUUGAAAGAAGCUGCAAUUCAAAUUGGAUCAGGUGGUUCUGCAGCUGUCUCCACCCUCAGUUUGAGUUUAUUGUUGGUUACGUUCAGCUGAACUUAUGCUGGAUUGCUAAUGUCGACUUUGGGCUAAGCCGAUCCUUAAUUUCAAUAUGAUUGUUGUACCAGAUCUGCUUAAAGCUUGAAUGGAACUAGUCAGAUUAAUUAAAGUCUAGAGUUCCUUCACAAGAUGGAUUUUCUAAGUUAAAAUGCUUUGUAGAGGUUUGCAUUAUGCACCCCCUGGAUUUGGUAAAGACACGAUUACAAAUACAGUCGAAUGUGUACAGUAAAAAUGAUCCACAGAGCUAUAAAGGCAUACUGGACUGCUUUGCCAAAAUGUACAAACAUGAAGGAUUGUUUUCCUUCUGGAAAGGGAUCAUUCCACCUAUCCUUGCUGAAACACCUAAGAGGGCCGUAAAAUUUUUCACCUUUGAGCAGUACAAGCAGCUUUUUAUGUUUGGCUCGUCACAACCCACGCCACUGGUAUGUUGUUAUUACAGUUAUUACUCUAGCUUAUUGAAUUGAACCCAGUCAGUAUAUUUACUAGAAGCUGUAGUAAUUUUAUGUUUAUGAAGAGUGUUUUGGAAAUAAAGAUCUACAUGUUUUAGUGUGUAAAAAAGGGUUUACAAAUAAGGAGUUGGAGAAACCGUUAUCCAGUAUAUUGUUUCCUAGUGAGUGCAUGCCUUCAAAUAAAUGGUCAGAUGUAACAAAACCUUAUGGUAACACAUAACAAAUAUCAUAAGCUGGCUCAGAUUUGCCAGAUUUAUGUCCGACAGUAACGAUUUGGCUUUUCUGAUCCUUUAGAGCUUUAGACCUCUAAAACCAACAGUUUGGACAUACAAAGGGCGUCCCAAUAUGUUACGAAUGUCAGGAUUUUGUUUUUAAAUAAAUCAACAAUUUUGGGUAAAAUAGUAUGAUGUUUUGGAUUGAGACUGUAGAAAUAUUAGAGUUUUAUUUUACAAAUUAUGCUCUUCAAAUGACCCUCUCAGCAGUUUCUACGGAUGACCACUCUUCAACUAAAAUUUUCAUUUUGAUAACUUUUUGACACAAUUGCCCUUGAUAAAUCUGCACAGAAAAUGUCAAGGAGGGUUAAGUUGUGUGCUCCUGUCCGCCACUUCUAGAAGUGACGCGGAAAACGUAUCUGUGACGAUUUUCUUAGUACGUUUGCUUAGUUCUGAUACAUACCCUACCAGUUAUUUUAACAAACUUUGAAAAGCUUCGACUAGACCUAGACUUUUUCAAAUUUAUGUUCUCCACAGGGUGUCCUGACAAUUGUGCUUUCAUUUCCGUUUGGAAUACCAAAGCUAAUUUCUAUCAAAACGCAGCUCAGAUAGAAAGAUACAUUGAGGACGACAGCGAAGAUCUGAGUACACUCGCGGAGUACCGAUAUGAUCUUGAAGAUGCUCAUACCAAAUAAUCGAUAACUACGAUAUUGCUCUAACAAUGUAGCAAUUUCGGUUUUGUCCAGUGCGGUUUGCUUAUAAACUGGACACCAUGCGUCGCCUGGUUUGGAUACUGACGCACAUACUCUUAGUACAUCAUACUUUUUGACGAAGGAGAGGGGAGUGUGGCGGGAUCGUAUUAAUUCAUUUAUUGCUUUUUGGAACCUAAUAUCUCGGUUAUCUUAAGCUUUAGUAUGUAUAAUACUGAAAAAACAGGCUUACUAUUGCCUGGCCUAUACGUCCCAACUUUAUUAGGAUUAAAAAAAAAACUAUAUUAAGUUUAUUAUUUUUAGUUAUACUCAGUCGCGACUGUGGAUUCUUUAGGUAAUCAACAUUACGCAGGGCAUGCGUGUUUAUUUAUGCAGAGGCUUCAGUUAUUGUCUAGAUUUCGGUGCUCAUAACGUAGGAAAUAUAACCUGACGGAAGUGGUUAUACGAGGGGGGUCUGAAUAGUUUUCGACCUCAACGUAAAGACGGCAGCAGCCGCAAAUAAAAGCUAGUGAAUUCCGUUGUUCAUCUGCUGUCAGUUACUCACCAAAGUUUCUGCCAUUUUGGGUGCGCAGGUGUUAUGUAACAGUCGUUUGAGUGAGUUGAUGCGAGUGUUUUUGUGAAAAUGGACGAAAUCGAGUACCGAGCUGUCAUUAAAUGUUUGAUUUUGAAUGACAAUACGCUUACGCAAAUCAAAGAUGAGUUGUAUUCUGUGUAGUGGGCUCUGCACCAUGAUUUGUGACAGUGAAAUUUUGGGGUGCUGAACUUAAACGUGUUCGAAUGAACAUUUCAAACGCUCUGUGGGCGCAGUUUAAGCGCAAUAAAUCCAAGUUUUGGCGCCGAUUAGUUACUGUAGAUGAAACUUGGAUACACCAUUAUACGCUCCAAACAAAAAUACAGUACAAACAGUGGACUGCAAAGGGGGAACCGGCUGGAAAGUGAAAGUGUUUUUUGGGAUAGUCAUGGAGUUAUUUUAAACGAUUAUCUUGAAAAAGAAAAAACCAUUACAGGAGCAUACUACGCAUCAUUACUUGACAAGCUGAAGGCAGAGCUUGCGGAAAAACGGCCACGUUUGCAGAAAAAGUAAAUCCUGUUUCACCAAGACAAUGCACCGUCUCACACCUCAGCGAUUGCCAUGGCGGAAAUUCACGAAUAACGGUUUGAACUGCUUGACCAACCGCCUUACUCACCAGAUCUAGCCCCUAACGACUUCUUUUUCUUCCUUCAUCUAAAAAUUACGCUCGAAGGACAGAGAUUUUCGUCACAUUAUUUUGCAGAGAAAAACGCCAAGUACUAUUUGGACGGGUUACAGAGAUGGGAGCAUCGCUGGGAGAAGUGUGUAGAGUUACAAAGAGACUAUGUUGAAAAAUAAAAAAAAAAUCGAAAAUCUUUGUUAGGUCGGAAACUUUUCAGACCACCCUCGUAGCUGUAUGUUUUUAAACGAUCCAUAAUUAAACAACCUGGUCUCUAAAUGACACAUGAGCAAUUUAAGGGAAAUUCCACUAAAAAUUAUAUUCUGAAGUUCCUAUUGGGAUAUCCCUCAUUCACCAUAUUUGCUUGCCAUAGAAACCAUAAAAGGUAAAUAUAUAGGUAUAGUUUGUAAUAUAAAAUAUUUUCUAUCUCUUUAGACCUUCUCACUAGCUGGACUAGGAGCAGGUGUGACAGAAGCAAUUUUGGUGAACCCGUUUGAAGUUGUGAAGGUUACAAUGCAGGCUAAUAAAGCUAGAAGUAAAGAUGCACCUAGUACAUGGAUUGUAACAAAAGAUAUAGUGUCCAAAGGUGGAUUGGGUUCAAGAGGCUUGAAUAAAGGUGUCACAGCAACGAUAGCUAGAAACGGAGUGUUCAAUAUGUUUUACUUUGGAUUCUAUCAUUCAGUUAAGGGAUAUUUACCAGAAUAUCAGAACCCUUGGCAUGAGUUUUUCCGAAAAGUGAGCAUAGGAUUUGUAUCUGGUACCUUAGCCUCUUGUGUAAAUAUUCCAUUUGAUGUAGCAAAGUCUAGAAUACAAGGACCGCAGCCUAUUCCUGGAAAAAUCAAAUAUAGGGGAACUCUGAAUUCUAUGGCGAUUGUCUACAGAGAAGAAGGCUUUCGUGCACUUUAUAAAGGUCUGCUACCGAAAGUAAUGAGACUAGGACCUGGAGGUGCCAUCAUGCUGGUGGUCUAUGACUACAUGCAUACAUAUCUUACUGCCAGAUUUGCCUGAUUUUGUAUACAUAGUAUAAAACAGUUUUUGUUGGAAAUUUAUGUUGGAGUAAAAAGAAUCAUGUAAUGGUGAGGAUGAGUUCAAAUGUUUUAUCAUUAAAACUAAAUAUUGGCCAGUAAGUUUCUAGAAAAAGCAACGGUUAAUGUAUAAUUGGUUGAAUUGUGCUCAAAUUUUGACUAUAUUGUUCCAAAAUGUAUACAGUUCAUUUAGCUCCAAAGCAGACCUCGAAUGUUUCAUGAAGGAAAUUCAGCUUUCCUUGAAGUUAUUUUAAAGUUACCUUUAAAAACGUUUUCUAUUUUUAUAUGCUUGACAUAUACUAUUUUUAAAAUGUAUUGAAUUCAGUUUUGCUGAUUUACAAGUGUAAAGGUGUGUAUAUUUGAUUAUUUUUAUGUUUGAAAACAUAGGUGAUACGCAAAAGGUGUACUGUUUAUUUAUGGAAAUAUUUUACAUUGAUAUAUUUUACUAUUUGUGUUUCGAUUAAAUGUUUCGUUUAA